ACGAGAGCACAAGCGGAAGUAAAUAGUUGCCAUGGCAUGGCUAGCUAGUGAGAGGGGAUAAAGUAGCAAGUGAAGCGUGGAUGCUCCUCACAUUUAACGGAUAAAGUCAUUUCCAGUCGUCAGAAUUAGUGGGUUGAACGUUGUUGAAUGAUAGACUCGCUCCGUCAGCAUUUCCAUCAUAACUACGACACGAGAGUAGAGGAAUCGUGUUGCACGUUUGGGGCCUGGAAAGACGUAUGCUAACGUGGCUAGUCUGGGCAGCGUUAACGCGGCGGUUUCGCUAACGUUGCCUUUAGCUUCGCAGCCUAGCCGAAGACCACAAGUGGCUAGUUUCACCGGUUUAUCUGUCCUAACGCUAGCCUUUUGGGCAUAAUUAACGUCACCCCAGCUAGUGUUAACUCUGGCCGCGGUGGAGGGAAAGCUCGGCUGGAUUUAAAAUGAUAAUUGAAAACCUCGAUGCCUUGAAAACAUGGCUGUCUGAUACCCUCGAGCCUAUCUGUGACGCAGACCCCUCUGCCCUUGCCAAGUAUGUUGUUGCUUUGGUGAAGAAGGACAAAAGUGAGAAGGAACUCAAAGCCCUGUGUAUAGACCAGUUGGAUGUAUUUCUUCAGAAAGAGACCCAGCCAUUUGUGGAUAGGCUGUUUGAAGCCAUUAACAACAAAAACUACCUCCCGCAGCCAGAGCAGGCAUCCUCACUGGCCAAGGCUGAAAAAGAUGAGCCGAAGAAAGAUGAGACAAAUCGGGAUGACGAGCGGGAGAAGAAGUUUUCUCGACGAGUGAAUCACAGCCCUCCACAAUCAAGCUCUCGCUACAGCAGAGAUGGCAGGAGAGGAGAUGAUCGUAAGAGAGACGAUCGUCCACGGAAGAGGGAAUAUGACCGCAACCCACCAAGGAGGGAUUCAUACCGUGAUCGCUACAACCGCAGGAGAGGUCGCAGCCGCAGUUACAGUCGUAGCCGCAGCCGGAGUUGGAGCAAGGAUCACAUCCGAGACCGCGACAGAGAGAGGGACAGGGAUAGAGAGAGGGACAGAGACCGGGAUCGAGAUCGCAGCAGGAGCCCAUCCCACAGCAGAACUCGGUCUAGAAGCAGGAGUAGAGAGAGAGACUCUGGGAAGUUGAAGUAUGAUCACGAUCACAGGUCAGAGAGUGGUGAUGGCUACACCCCAGCAGCCCUGGUCUCAACUGCAACCACGUCGCACUUCCCUGUGCCAACACUGAGCAGCACCAUUACAGUCAUCGCCCCCACCCAUCAUCACAGUAACAACACCACUGAGAGCUGGUCAAACUUUCGCCCUGAGCACGCUGUGGAUCGUGGUCCUUUCAUUCGGGGACCUCCCCCUCAACAGAGGAAACGAUGUCGUGACUAUGAUGAGAAGGGCUUCUGCAUGAGAGGGGACAUGUGUCCUUUCGACCAUGGAAGUGACCCAGUUGUGGUGGAGGAUGUGAAUUUGCCCAGUAUGCUGCCCUUCCAACCUCCACCAAUCCCAGGUGUAGACGCACCGCCACCCCCAGGUCUCCCACCACCCCCACCGCUCAUGAACCCCCCACCUGUGAACCUGCGGCCCCCUGUGCCCCCACCAGGCGCCCUCCCACCCAGCCUUCCACCUGUUGCAGGUCCCCCUCCUCCGCUUCCUCCGCUGCAACCGUCAGGCAUGGAUGCUCCUCCCAAUUCCAUCACCAGCUCUGUUCCCACCAUUGUCACCUCUGGGAUGCGCCCCUCUCUUCCCCAGGCAUCAGUGCCGCUCUUCCCCCCUGGUAAUGACUACAACUAUGAGACAGAUGUGUACAAUCCUGAGGCUCCCAGCAUCACUAAUACCUCCAGGCCGAUCUACCGCCACCGGGUCAAUGCCCAGAGACCCAAUCUGAUUGGCCUCACAAUGGGGGAGGUGGACCAGCCGCAGAGAGACAAGAUUCCAAACAACAGUAUGAGGAUCGUGAUGGAGUCUGAUUCUAGGAAAAGACCAUCAAUGCCCCACGAUGUAGGCCUUCCUCCCAAGAAACCUUGGUUUGACAAACCCAACUUUAACAAACCCAACCACCAGGGCUACCACAAAAGACCUCCAUUCUUUCCUAACGCCAAGCUGCUGGUUCGGCAGAUUCCCACCGAGCUCAACAACAUCAGCAAACUCAAUGAACAUUUCAGCAAGUUUGGCACCAUCGUCAACCUACAGGUGGCCUACCAGAAUGACCCAGAAGGUGCACUGAUUCAGUUUGCCUCGCCCGACGAGGCCAAGCGGGCUAUGCAAAGCACAGAGGCUGUCCUCAAUAACCGCUUCAUCAGGGUGCACUGGUAUCGCGACGAUGGGAGUGAUGGGCAGGGCCAGGGCCAGUCACACUCACAGCAGCAGCCUCAGACACAACCAAUCAUGCAGCCCUCAGCCACGUCUCUGAAGCAGUCUGUGAAAGACCGCCUCGGACCCCUGCUCUCUGCGAACUCUGAGCCCUCCCAAGACUCCAGUGUAGCCUCUCAGAAUCCUUCCAAAGUGUCAGUGAAGGACCGUCUGGGUUUCUCUGCCAAACCAGCAGCUCCUGUUGAAAAAGUGUUUUCAACAUCCAUGGGCCUCACAAAGACUGUAUACAAUCCUGCUGCACUGAAGGCAGCCCAGAAAACCUCAGAGGAAGCCCUGAAGAAGAAGCAGGAAGCUCUAAGGCUACAGCAGGAUGUGCGGAAGAAGAAGCAGGAAAUACUGGAAAAGCACAUCGAGACACAGAAGCUCCUGAUAUCUAAACUCGAGAAGAAUAAAGCAAUGAAGGCAGAGGAUAAAGCCAAGAUCAUGGAAACUUUGGGAAUGUUAACAAAGAGUAUCACCAAACUACAAGAGGAGAUAAAGGGAAUCUCAGGCAGCAGCAACCCACUACGUGCAUCCAAGAGCAAGGCUCAGGCUCAGAAGGAACUGCUGGAUGCAGAGCUUGACUUGUACAAGAAGACUCAGUCCGGAGAGGACACUGCAACGUUGAAGAUCAAGUAUACCCAGCUGCAAAUUGAGGCAGCUAAAAGGGGAAUCCUCUCACCUGGGCGAGGCCGAGGGGUCCACCCUCGGGGCCGCGGGGCUCUCAGAGCCCGGGGAAGGGGCUCCAGAGGUCGGGGGAGAGGUGUGCCAGUGCAUGCAGUCGUGGACCAUCGACCAAGAGCACUGGAGAUUUCUGGUUUCAUUGGAACGGACUGUGUAGAUUUGCUGCCACACUUUGCUCAAUAUGGAGAGAUUGAAGAUUGCCAGAUUGAUGAAAACAACUUGUCUGCAGUCAUCACUUACAAGUCGAGAGCAGAGGCAGAACAGGCGGCUAUUCAUGGAGUAAGGUUAAACAACCAGAUCUUACGCCUGGCCUGGCAUAAGGCUGUAAUGAAUCUCAGUGCUACAGAAGCUGAUGAAGCAGAACCAGAAGACGAUGAGUACCCAGAAGAGUCACUGAGUGACGAUGCGUUGUUGCAGGAUGACGAUGAGGAAGAGGAUGACAACGAGCCUCGCUCCUGGCGCAGAUGAAGAUCAGUCGGACGCUCUUCCCCGAUGUUCAGCAUUGGAAAAGGAGCAACAAUCCAGCAAAUUUAUAAGAUUUCAAUGCCUGUUUAUAAAUGAACAAGGCACAUUUUCUCUUUGGCUAGACAUUUUUUUUUCUCCUUCACAAAUGUUUAACUGGCAGAACAACCGAGUGUGAGUUUGAUUCAUUUUAACAGUUGUGAUUUUUUUAAUGCUCUUAAUGUAGAAUUAGUUAUGUAUUUUUUUUGGUUUUCUUUUUGGUUGACAAUACACAAAUAGUUUGUCAGGACACUUGACAGCUGAUCACUGGUUGAACGGUCCGUUUAAGAAAACAAAACCUGUGUUGUAAUUUAACUGAAUAACAGACAGUAGCAUUUGCGGAGUAGUAUUAAGUUGACUGGUUUAAAUGCUCACAUGUAAAUAUUUUAUGUCUGUGUUUAAAUGAUUUGUAUGAAAGCUUGGCUUCUCAGUUCUUGGCUUUACUUGGGAUUGUACAAAAAAAUAAAGAAUUGAAAUGGUCUGAAAACAUCCUGCCCAAAACAAACAAAAAAAGAGAGAAAAAAAAAAGACAAAGUGCUGUGGCAGUGAAAAAAGAACACUUCAAAAAGAGUUUGAAAAAAAAGACCAUUUCAAAAAACAAAAAACUU